AUGAUCUAUUCAGAAUAGAAAUUAGACAAUAGAUUUUAAUUAAUAAAAGAGAUAGGAGUUGGAGCUUAAGGUAAAGUCUAUGAGGCCUUAGACACUCAAACAGAUCUCAAAUGUGCCAUUAAAAUCGUACUUCACCCUCAAUUAAUUGUCUAUAAUAUAAUUAAAAUAAUCAAGCAACUUCAUCAAAUCGGAUAUGUUCAUUUAGACUUAAAGCCUGAUAAUAUAAUGCUAUAUAGCUCUGACUUGUCUUCGCCUGAAUCCUCAUUAGUCGCACUUAUUGAUUUCAGUGUCUCAUAGAGAUACAUGGAUUAAAAUUCAAAUCAUUUACCUAAUGAAAUAAAGAGAGAGUUCAAUGGGAAUAUUGCAUUCAGCAGUGUUUACUAGAUGAAUGGUCAUAGUCCUUCUAGAAGAGAUGAUCUACUGUCUAUUUUUUAUCUCUUGUUGUUUCUAAAAGAAGGAUAACUACCAUGGUCGAAACAUUUGAACAAAUAAAAGAAAGGAUACGCAUUUAUACAGGUUUAAAAAGAGAAGGGUUUCAUUAAAAAUUUAAUCAAGUAUUGCAAUAAUUUGAAUUUUGAGGAAGAGCCUGAUUACAACUAUAUAAUUCAAUAUAUGAACUAGAAAAUCAAUAACUUAAUGUUUCAGACUUAUUGGAAUAUGGACUGGAGUAAUGUGACUAAAGAUUGGAUAUGCUAGUACUCCUUCUAUGAGUAUAAGUUUAAGGAAAUGAUAAAGCCUUAGUAAUACUAGAAUCAGUGCACUAAACAAAAUAAAUAAUUUAGAACUAAUUUAAAUUAAAGUUCUUAACUGAAGAAACUCUAGAAUAUUUCAUCUUCUAAAGAAUUCUUGUUUCUAAAAGCGCAAAACUAAUUGUCAACAAAGGAAGAAAAACUGUAAAUCAGUAAUUAAUAAUUGCUAGACUCAAAAAAAGUUUCUUUUGAAAAUGCAUUGAAUAUUCCAUUAAAAUCAUAACCAAAUAAGGACCCUAAGUUUUAACUUUUAAUGAGAAAAGAAUUGCAGUAGUCAAUGUGUUAAUAACAACCUCGAGUAAAUAUUAGCCCCCUAAGUUUAAAUUUCGAAUAAUAAAGAUCAAUUUCUCCCGUUAAUAAGAAUUUCAAAGCCACUAGUAAACCAUAUUCUCGGUUUGGAGACUUAUUUGAUGAAAAUCCAGUUGACUGUGAAAUCUCUCCUCUUUAGCAUUUUUAGAUAAAGCGAAAUUAAAGGGUUACAAAUUAAUAAUAUUAUAAAUAGAAAAAUUAAUAAGACAAACUUAAAAUAUUAGACAGCAAUGUACCAAUUGAUUAAAAUAUCGCUCUUUAGAGUCUCAUUUACAACAGGCAUCUCAUAGGAAGUUUUAGUUAGUCUAAAUCCCCUCAUAAAAAUACAACUCUAGAAAAAAUUGAAGAACUUAAAGACAGUAUUGAGAUGGAUCAGUUUUUAUCAGAAGAUCAAAAAUAGAAGAAAAUUUUCAAUAAUAAAUUAGGAAAUGAAAAAAUAUAAAUAUAACGAUAAAAUCCUUGGUUUAGAGAUUUCAACUCCUAGUAUAACAUAAACAUGUAAAUUAAUAGAUUGGAAGUCAAUAAUAUACCAAUUAUUGAAGUAUAAUCAUAAAAUUUGGAUUAAACUAUAGAUGAAUCUGAGUUAUAAGAUGACUUAAUAAAUGAAUGCAUCGAUGAUUCUAUUCAUGAAAGAAAAUGGUAAUAUCUUAAAGAGACAGAGGAUGAAGAAGGUUAUUCUCGUUUCCAUGAAAAUAACCUAAAAUUGAUUUGCUCAAAUAUAUUAUCAUGA